GCCUUCUUCAAAGGCUUGUUACAGGAGAGGAGAGGAAAUGGCCCACCGCCCUCUUGAGUCUCAGAAUUUGUCAUCUUCCUUCAUGGGGUGGGUGGCUCUGCCUGAGGAUUCUCUCUUAAAAUGUGGCAAACUGAUGCAAAACUUUGUCCUAUAACGUACACAUACACUAUCUCUUCUCUUCUCUUUCAGAAAGAAGGCCGUAGAGACGUUUUUUUUUACAAAGAAAUCGUCUUUUUGUUGCAUUUCUUACUCUGACUCUUAGAAAGGAGAGAAAUUGUACAAGGGGGAAUCUAAAUUUGUUAUAAAAGAAGGAAGCUGCCACCCAAUAUACACAAAAAGCUUUGGAGAAUGAAUGGUCUCUCACAUCUUGAGCCUGAUUAUUCUGAGUUUGUUGAAGUUGAUCCAACUGGAAGAUAUGGAAGGUAUAAUGAAAUUCUUGGCAAAGGAGCUUCAAAGACAGUUUAUAGAGCAUUUGAUGAGUUUGAAGGGAUUGAAGUUGCUUGGAAUCAGGUCAAGCUCUAUGAUUUCCUGCAAAGCCCUGAAGAUCUUGAAAGACUCUACUGUGAGAUUCAUCUUCUUAAGACAUUGAAGCAUAAGAACAUCAUGAAAUUUUAUACUUCUUGGGUUGAUACGGCAAAUAGGAACAUCAACUUUGUGACUGAAAUGUUCACUUCUGGGACUUUAAGACAGUACCGGUUAAAGCACAAGAGAGUUAACAUUAGAGCAGUGAAGCAUUGGUGUAGGCAGAUCUUGAGAGGGCUUCUCUAUCUCCAUAGCCAUGACCCUCCUGUGAUCCAUAGAGAUCUGAAAUGUGAUAACAUUUUUGUCAACGGAAACCAAGGGGAAGUGAAGAUUGGAGAUCUUGGCCUCGCCGCGAUUCUUCGAAAAUCUCAUGCUGCUCACUGUGUUGGGACACCAGAGUUUAUGGCCCCGGAAGUGUAUGCAGAGGCAUAUAAUGAAUUGGUGGAUAUUUAUUCUUUUGGGAUGUGCAUUUUGGAAAUGGUCACUUUUGAAUAUCCAUACAGUGAAUGCACUCAUCCAGCUCAAAUCUAUAAGAAAGUUAUAUCUGGCAGAAAACCUGAUGCUUUUUAUAAAGUGAAAGAUCCAGAAGUAAGACAAUUUGUGGAAAAAUGCUUGGCAACUGUGUCACUUAGGCUCUCAGCUAGGGAAUUGUUGAAUGACCCAUUUCUCCAAAUUGAUGACUGUGAAUCUGAUUUUAGACCUGAAGAUUAUGGGCCGGAAAUCGGUGACAUGGGUCCUCUCAUGAGGCAACCUUACCUUGAAUUUCAUGACAAUACUUAUCAUUGCAGUAAUGGAUAUUCAAAUGGCUACAGUUAUGAUGCUCAAAAUGAAUUGGAAUAUCAUCCAGUUGAAUUUGAGCAGAGUGGAAUUGAACUUUUUGAGUAUCAUGAUGAUGAACAUUCUGCCAAUGUUGACAUAAGUAUAAAGGGGAAGAGGCGAGAUGACGGUGGAAUCUUUUUAAGGCUUCGAAUUACAGAUAAAGAUGGUCACAUUAGAAACAUAUAUUUCCCAUUUGAUGUUGAAAUGGAUACAGCCUUAAGUGUUGCUACUGAAAUGGUUGCAGAACUUGAUAUUAUGGAUCAAGAUGUGACCAAAAUUGCAAAUAUGAUUGAUGGGGAGAUUGCUUCCUUGGUUCCAGGAUGGAGGCCAGGGCCAGGAAUAGAGGAAUCAUUUGACUUUGCAGAUCAAGCUUUCUGUCACAAUUGUGCUUCCAAUCGUACAUCUAAUGGUUCACUUAUAGAUUUUAUAUCAAAUAAUUCAUGUUGUAGGAAUGGAUGUGCUUCCACACAUGGCCGAUUUGAAGAGAUAACAUUCCAGGCUGAUGAAACUGAGCAUCAUUUGACAGAAGGUGCUCCAAAUGUACUCAGCCAUUCGGACCGCUUACACCAUCGAGAAACUUGGGGUCAACAUGAAAGCCGUGAACUUACUCCGGUGGGCUCUGGAAGAAGCCAUUCAGAUGAAGAAUAUGAAAAUCUUGAUCAGUCAAUCUCAAGGAAGGAUGAUAACAAUGUAAAGAUGGAAAAUGAAAUUCAUUUGGGUGAAGGGAAGUCAAUUCUUCACUUGAGAAGUUUUGAUACUCUUAGCAGACUUUCUUCGUUGUACAGUGAUCUCUCGGACAGUAAAGAGGGCAAAAUCCAGCAAGAAUUAAGAUGGCUUAAAGCAAAAUACCAAAUUGAACUGGGAAAACUUAGAGAUCAACAGUUAGGAAUUGGAUCAAAAGCUUCAACUUCUAGCAGUAGAGAUUGCAAUGCAACUAAUGGGGUUUUGUCAUCUGCAGCAAUGAAUUCAUUUCAAGAAAGUACAAAUGGAGAUCUCUUCAAAUCUUUAGAUCAUGAGAAGCUUUAUGGUCCCAGUUUAAGUACUGAUCUCAAAAAAAGCUGCCCCAAUUCGGAUACUCGAGGGGCUCGAAAUUGCAGGUUGAUGAAUGAACCCCCAAGAACAGGUGACAUGGUCACUGCCAAGAGUUUCUACAGCAGGCCAUUGCUUCCACAUUCACUUCACAGGACAACAUCCCUCCCAGUUGAUGCUGUUGAUGCAUAACACAUCUGAGCCACUUUUAUUCUUCUGUUUAUUCUUUACAAGUUCCUCACUAUAGAGGCUCUAUUUUGAUCCAAUCCACCCUCAAUGUGCUCAUGUCCAACUAGUCAGCUGCCAGCCUAUCAUGGACUUGUUUGUGGUGACAUGGCAUAUGUAAUUAUGAUGAGAGAUGCAAAGUUCUGACCAUGUAGAAUCUCAAAAUUGAGAUAUGAUUUUAUGUAUAUUAUCCAUUUGCCCCCAAAAAGUAAAAUAGUCCACACAAGGUGAUGUUGGAAUUGAAGAGUGUAGAAGAAAUAUGAUUUUGAGGCUUGUAUAACAUCUUCAGAUAAAGUGCAUUGGUUGUGCAUUACCAACUAGAUUUUUUUUUGAACUGCCAUCAAUCAUUGAAGCUCUCCAGGUGCAAUGACUCAGCUGAACUGGAGUCCCAAUGUGCAAUUUUAUUCAUUCAUCUUAAAUCUCUCAAGACCAGAGAACCCAUUGCCUUUUUUUAAUUUUUAUGGACCGAAACUACUAAAUUUAAGUUAAAAUUAUCUC